AUGCUGCACCUGCCACUCUCAAGCUGGGCUGGGGGCUCUGGGCAGCCUCACUCUGUGGGCCCCUGGUGCACUCCACUGUCACACUGUGCUGUCACUCUGUUGCACUCUGGGUGCUGGGGAAUAACGCCACUCUGGCUGGUCUGGGGGCUGCUGGGUGGCACCAUCUUGGCGCCACUCGGGCCUGUGGGAAGACCUGGGGGCACUGACCUGGGGUCCUGGGACUCUGGGGAGAAACCCAAACUCGGCUCUGCCUCUGGCAAUCGCGGAACUCUGGGCCUGCCCACCUCUGCCCCCCACUCUGAAGUCUUCUCCACACCUGAGCCCGCCUACUGCCUACACCUCUCUUACACUCCUCCCACCGCCUCCUCUAGCUCUGAUGACUCUGCUCCUCUCUGUCUGACACCACUGACUCCUCUCUGGACGUCUUGCCCCCUCCUGACUUCUUGGCUAGUCACACCCAUCUGGCUACUCACCUUUCUGCCUCCUGCGGAUCUCAUCUACCGCCCCACUCUACCCAUCUCUCCUACCUCUCUGCCUCUGAACCUGCUCUACAACUCUUCACUCUGCCGCACUCCCCACCUCAACUCUGCUCUGAUCUCCACUCUACUACCUACCUCUUCUGACUGCUGA